GAUGGAUGUUGGUGAUGGUAACGUUACCCAGCUUUAUCCGUUAUCAGAUGUUAAAUGUACUAACGAGCACAGAUGAGGCCCUGUGGUAACGGACACCCCGUUAACCGACUAUCUAAAGAAUGCUCUCGUUGAUCACCAUGGUGACAUGGACUUGAGUGAUCAAUCUGAUCAGUGCUGCUGAGUUCUGUGCAGGUCACGUGAUGUAUUGUCCCAAACCUGAUCAAGCAAACUACUUUUACAAAUGAGGUGCUCCUUUGUUACAGGACGUGUGUCCUUUCAGUGAGCCCACAUGUGUAUCGGCAGAGAUGGAUCGUUGUAAGCACGUGGGACGCCUUCGCCUGGGCCACGACCAUUCAAUCCUCAAUCCGCAAAAAUGGCACUGUGUGGCCUGCAGCACCACCGAUUCCGUGUGGGCCUGCCUCAAGUGCUCCCACGUGGCAUGUGGACAUUUCAUGGAGGAGCACUCACUCAAACACUUUCAGGAGUCACAGCACCCACUGGCCAUGGAGGUGCGGGAGCUGGACGUGUUCUGUUUUGCCUGUGGAGACUAUGUACUCAAUGAUAAUGCAGAGGGAGACCUCAAACUCCUUAGAGGGGCCCUCUCUACCGUCCGCAGCCCAGGCAGACGCUCACUACGCUCCUCAACUGGGGGCGAGUCCACCUCCUGGGUUGGGGAAGGCGGCACACAGCCCGCCAUGCAGUUGGCCUCGCGCCACAGGAGAAAGGCCCUUCUUGGGAAGAUGCUCCGGAUGUGGAUCGGCAAACACCAAGACCUGCAGAAUGUGCGUUUAGAGAAACUCGAGGAAGCUAGAAGACAAAAGAAAGAGGUUAAGAGGAGACUCAUGGAAGAGCUGGGCAGUGUUCCUCCCAGAAAGAGCGCAAGGCUUCUCACCCAGGCGCCACGUCCGACCAUCGCACUCAUUCCUUGCAAAUUCCGUGACCCUCCAGAACGCCUACCUCCUCCUUCUGCCCCCAAGAAGCCUGCCCUUCUAACCCUGUCCCGUAAAGCUCCUCAGAAUGGCAGAGCAGCUAAACUGAGGAGGUACUACUCGACGCACACGGUAACCCGACGAAGGCUCGCUCCAGGUGUCACCGGUCUGCGCAAUUUGGGGAACACGUGCUACAUGAACUCGAUAUUGCAAGUGCUGAGUCACCUGCAGAAAUUCAGGGAGUGUUUCCUCACUUUGGACCUGUGCGAGACCGAGGAGCUGCUGGCCAAGACCAACAGCUCCCAGGAGACGAAGGGUGUGGCCGGAGGCGUAGUCAGCAGCGCUAACACGGCGCUGUCAGGGUGCCCUCUCGGACGCGUGGGGAAACCCGGCAGUUGGAAUUUGGUGGAAAAGGGCAAAAAGGAAAGUAGCCCACUUUCCCCACAGGCCUCGGAGUUGGUCCAGCCCAAGGAGACUCGCUGCUCCACCCGCCAGCAAAUGUCUCUGUGCCAUGAGUUGCAUACGCUUUUCAGGGUCAUGUGGUCUGGCCGGUGGUCUUUAGUGUCUCCGUUCGCCAUGCUGCACUCCGUGUGGAACCUCAUCCCGGCUUUCCGCGGGUACGACCAGCAGGACGCCCAGGAGUUCUUGUGCGAGCUGCUGGACAAGGUGCAGCAGGAGCUGGACACGGAGGGGUCCAAACGCCGGAUAGUGAUCCCCAUUACGAAGAGGAAGCUAUCUAAGCAAGUCCUGAAGGUUCUCAACACCAUCUUUCAUGGGCAGCUCCUCAGCCAGGUGACGUGUCUGUCCUGUAAGCACAAGUCUAACACAGUUGAACCAUUCUGGGACUUGUCUUUGGAGUUUCCAGAGCGAUACCACAGCAUACACAAAGGCUCAGGUGCUACAUCUUACCAGCGGAGCUGCACCCUCACCGAGAUGCUGUCCAAGUUUACGGAGAUGGAGGCUCUCGAGGGCAGCAUCUACGCCUGCAACCACUGCAACAGAAGAAGACGCAAAUCAUCCCGCAAACCUUUAGCUCUGUCGGAGGCUCGUAAGCAGCUUCUAAUCUACCGUUUACCUCAGGUUCUACGGCUGCACCUCAAACGCUUCAGAUGGUCCGGGCGGAACCACAGGGAGAAAAUCGGCGUCCACGUGGCCUUCGACCAGGUUCUGAACAUCAAACCGUACUGCUGCACCGGCUCAGGUCACUCCGUCCACAGAGGAGGCUACACCUACGACCUGUCCGCUGUUGUGAUGCACCACGGCAAAGGCUUCGGCUCAGGGCACUACACCGCAUACUGCUACAACACCGAAGGAGGUUUCUGGGUCCACUGUAAUGACUCCGAGAUGAAGGUUUGCAGUGUGGAGGAAGUGUGCAACACUCAGGCCUACAUCCUCUUCUACACCCAGAGGUCUGCCUAGGUGCCUCUCGCUGUGACGUCGACCUGUUUGAGCAACUUGAGACUGCAUUUAUGGAAACACUUUUUAUGUCAUUGAGCAAUGAAUCUAUUUACUAAAAAGAUCGCAAGGGGGGCAGGAGGACAGACACAAUCAUGAGUGAAGGGGAACAUUUCAGCAGCAUGAUUAAGAAGAUAAUAUUGGUACGCACACUGUAAUGUUGCCACUGUAAAUGGAAGAAGAAAAAAAAUUGAAAUGUUUAAAUAGGUGGCUUUGGAUUAAGUUUGUUUUGUAGAGAAGAAAGAAAGGAAAAACAUUUUCAUAAAUGAGGCCACAGCUUUCUUGGCUUUUUGGGACCAGCAUAUCGGUUAAUGGGCCGAUGCGUGCGUGAGCGCUCCCCCGAAAACGGCGUUUCACAUUUAAAGGCCACAUGGAGUCUGAAUUUUAGAGCAUUUCUAUCACAGUAAUGUUGGUGUGUGUUUUGUAUGCACAUUUGAUAGCCAAUGCACUAAAUAACAGAAGAGGUACUUCUUUCAACGUCGUUGAAAGCUUGCCUCGAAUUCAUUUAAUCUGGUGGCUCCACGUCGCCUCCUGUUCAUCUUUUGGAAUUAUGUUGAAAUGUCAGUCACGGAAACUUUUAAUGCUCGUCCCUGUGAUGCUUGUGGCUCAUCUUGUCCUCUCCUCUGUCGUACUGCUUUGGCCAAGAGAACAGGAAUCGUUUGUUUUAGUAGUCAUUCUAUGUUCCACGUUCAUUGAUGAGUGAUGGACAGCUGCACUUUUGAGGAGGGGCUACUGUCGUUGGUCCCGUCUGAUUGUGAUUGUUUGUCUUGAAGCGCCUGUAUCUUGUUUAAAUGGCAGCUCCCCCUGCGGCGUAACGGUUAGGUAGUCUGAGCCCAGGUCGGAGACGAGGGAGAACGGGCCGACUGCGAUACAGACGAAUGUACCUAUUGUGAGUUGAGCACCUGAAAGCAAUAUAUUGUACAUCUCGCAUCUCGACAGGAAAUUAAGAUAAAAUCAGGAAUUCUACUGCUUUUUUUUUCUACUCCGCUGUUUCUAUCAAGGUCUUUAGAAUUUGCUAGGUGAUCAAGACAAACGGUUUCAUACAAGUCAAACGCAGAAUACAUUUGUGAACCUUUAUGUAAAAGUUGGAACAAUCUAAUGACGAAGAAUGUCUUACUUUUCAGUGGUCCGGUGUGGCCAUGCUACUGGCUCGGAUCCCUUUGAGUUCUGUCUUUUACUCUAAGAAUACCUGUCAUAAAUGUAAUGGUCAUAUGGGUUUUACCAGACGAUGAUUAUUAAAAAGAACAUUUUA